AACGCCAGCGCGCGUUUGCUUGACGAUUCGUACAGAAGGCCGAAGUACUCCCUACCUGUUCGCGUGCCCUGCUUGGCCGACUCUCGCUGCGGUUGUCGCAAGUCUGCAUGCUCAAAGCGCGCUGGCCGGCUGAUUCCCGGCAUCGAUGCCGGUCUGGCUGCCCACCCACGCCGACGAUGCUUCGCGCCAAACCAAGUCCUCUCACCGCAUUACCUCAUACACGACUCGGGACGCCGAGUUCGCGCCGGGAUCUCUCGACAAGCUCAUGCAGCCCUUUUCAUUUCGAGGUUUUUUUUCUUUCCUUCCUCCUUGCCUAACACUGCGAGGGUGGUUGAAUACUGCCACACUAGUGUCGACGCUACGACCCAAAUGUGUUGGCCAGAAGGGCAUGGAAUCCGGCCAUCGACAACGCGCGGCAACAACGUCUCUGUUCGCGAUAGUAGGUAGGCAGGCUGAGACUGUUCCAGGCUAUAAUGUUUCACUCCGCCAGAUGCUCCAAUCCGAACGCCUCUAUCUGCCUUCUGCAUACGCCUAUCUUGCUGGGGUAGGGAUGUUCAGAGUUCAGCUUCUCAACUUACCUUUUUUUGUGUUGACUUGCUCGCCUCUCGGUUGGUGGCCAAUUGCACGGCAAAGCCGUGGCUUGUUCGCGGGCGGCAAACCUUGGCUCUCAAACUUCAGGCUUCUCAGUGCCCGUGAUCUGUCACAGUAACUUGUGCUAGGUUGUUUUCGACAUGCCAUGGCAUGACACCUCACAACGACGAGCCUGAUAGUCAGAAGAGCGGUUUAAUCACAAAAUACCAUGCCGAUUUCAGGCGGAAACCCUUGGCGCCUGUCGUAACCAAGGUCUGGCCUGUCCUCGGACUGGCACUACAAUGCGCCGUCCUUAGGAGGUACGUACGUAAAAGGUAUUGGCAUCGUGACC